UGUCCAUUGUGUGAGAAAAGUUUUAGUUUUAAAACCAACGUACAAAGACAUAUAAAGGAGAGACAUUUUCCUACCAAGUUUAAAUGUAGAUAUUGUGCAAAGAAAUUUUCCCGUCCUGGCAAUUUGAAUGAUCACAUGAUACAGUGCCAUAGAACUUUUAUAGGGUCAAAGAGAUUGUCGGCUGUUGAUCUUUAUGUUUGCGAGUGUGGUAAAAGUUUUAGAACUAGUAGUGGCUUUGCAGAUCAUAAACGAACUCAUGAAGGAAAUUUCCGUUAUUUUUGUCCAAUUUGUACGAAAGGUUAUAAUAAUAAACAACAGUUUAUAGGACAUAUGAAUAAACAUUCAAAUAAUAAACCCUUUACUUGUGAUUGGUGUGGAAAGUCUUUUACUUUAAAACAUAAUUUAAGUGAAAACUUCAUUCAAACUCAGAUAGAAACUUUUGAAUGUGAUGUUUGUGGUAAAAUAAUGACAACUGUUCAAGGGAUGAAAAAUCAUAAGAGACAACAUGAUGGUCACUUUCGAUACAGAUGUACUAUUUGUAAUAAAGGAAUGAAUCAUAGACACCAUUACGAAGGUCAUAUGCAUACUCAUCAGAAUUCUAAACCUCACAAAUGUGAUUUAUGUGGUAAAUCAUUUGCAUUUUCAACUGCACUGAAACGUCACAGGGCGCGCUGUGCCUUAAAAUCAUAG